AAACACACUGUACCGUACUCUCCGAUAAGUUUGGAGCUCAGGACAGUCCUAGUUGAACGGCAGGACAGUCCUAGUUAAGUGCUCGCGGCAGUCUGAGUCUCGUGCUCGCGCCAGUCUGAGUCUAGUGCUCACGACAGCUUGAGCUCACAGCUCACGGCAGUCUGAGUCUCGUGCUCACGACAGUCUGAGCUCACAGCUCAAGGCAGUCUUAGCUCAGGCUCGUCGCUAGAUGCUCUACAUUCAGCCUAAGUGAUCAGUGAUCUAUUAUUAUCGACUGACGCAGUGACCGACUCAUUCAGCGAUCAUUGCGAUAACCAGUGAAUCCAGUGAUCAUUUCGAUCAUUUCGAAUCGAUCAUUGGAUCAUCUAGUGAUUUUCGUAACCACACUGCCGAUCCUAUUACAAAUUACGGCUAAUAAUCGCAUCAGUUCAUAAUUCAUCGUGAAUUGUCAUUUGAUUUCGAAACAAGAAACAGAGGAUGGAGCUCGGCUACUGGAAAAUUCGCGGGCGAGCCCAAUCGAUUCGUCUCCUGCUGGAGUACACGGCGGAGCGCUACUCGGAGACCUUUUACCAGUGUGGACCGGCACCCGACUACGACAAAUCGGGCUGGCUCCAAGUCAAGGAGAGCAUGGGCCUCGACUUCCCCAAUCUCCCAUACCUAAUACACGACGGCAACCGGCUCACUCAAACCAACGCCAUCUUACGUUACAUCGGCCGAAGACAUGACAUGGUGGGCAAAACUGAGGAGGAUCACAUGAGGCUGGAUCUGCUGGAUAACCAGCUGAUGGACUUCCGCAACGGCUUCUCCAGGCUCUGCUACAGCGCAGACUUUGAGAAGCUCAGGCCCGAAUACAUCAAGACAGCCCUGGUCACCAUCGGAAGAUUUUCCAAAUUUCUUGGCGAAAAGGACUGGUUGGUGGGAGAAAAGCCAACGGUGGUCGAUUUUCUCUUCUACGAACUACUCGACUGUCAUCGUAUUCUUGAAGCCAGCCUUCUGAAGACGUUCGACAACCUCGUCCGCUACGUGAAGCGGUUUGAGGACCUGCCACGCAUCAAAGCUUACAUGGCCAGCGACCGAUUCAUGAGGGCUCCGCUCAACAACACGAUCGCAACAUUUGGAUCUGAGUGAUGGCGGUGCGGCUGAUUUAGUUACUUUGGCUAGCUCUCGUUUGUAAAGGAAUGACAUCAAAAUGAUAUUUAGCCAUCUUUUAGUUGACGGAUUGGAAUUGUGUUUCUUAGGCCCCGAUACAUGAGAAAAGCACUGAAGCAUGAGCAUGAGUGAGCUAAGCAUGAGUAAAGCACAAAACCUGAAUGUCGCGUUAUAUUCGGAUUCGCUCUGUAUGUCCAUUGUCCAUAUAUUCGGACUCGCUCUACCUAUGUUCAAUACAAAAUACGUUUGAUAUGGUUGAGUAAUAAAUAGUCGUCAAAAU